CCAGCGCCCCAAUUUUGCUAUCUCACUUUCACAGAUUGCAUAUGCGUUGCAACUUAGUAUUAUCUAGGCUUAUCCACUGGAGUAUUAAAGACCAUUUUUCCAUCGCCUCCACAACGUCACCAUGAACAACAACAAGCUUGAUGAGCCAGCUCUGCUGGCUGGAUGCAAGGGUGUAUUCUCCAAGACUAGCUACAUUACGAUCGGAGCGGAAGGGAAGCCCGAAGAGUAUGGCAAGAAAAUUCCCAUGCGCUCCGCCUAUGGAGGCAAGCAUUUGAGCACGAUGCCGCCAAAAGAUGGGAAGACGGUGGACGUCUAUUUUGAGAAAAAGCAUAACUGGAUUAGCUCGGGUGACCCAUACGUGGACCGUAUCCGUUACAAGGACGUCCAGACAGAGAAGAAGAGAGGUUUCCUGACCUCAGAUUUUUCUAAACGUGACGAGUUUACGAACACCAUCCGCACGGAGCAAUGGCGUGAGCAGCUAGGCGGUGAGAACCAGCACGCCAAGAAGGCGCUCGAGAUGUUCGCGGAAGCGGCUGGGCUGGACUCCGUACCGACGACGUUGAGAAGGGAUGGGCCGGAGACGUUCACGUACGACCAAGUGUACGAGAAGGAAGACCCCACGUUUGAGGGCGCCAGCAAGACCCACCGCGACACCAAGAACCGCACCAUGCUGACCCGGGAGCGCCACCAGGGCGAGAUGAUGACCACGACAGGGCUAGCCUUCCAGGCGCCAGACGACCACCACAAGCCGGAGCACGGGCGGAAGCCCAUUGUGCGCGAGACGUUCUACCGCAAGACCAACAUUUUCUUCCCAGAGGGCUGCGCAGCGGACCCCUCGACGUAGUGCCUGAAGAGAGGGCUCAGGCGGAGCAGGGAAUGGGAGGGAAUUGAUUUACAAAGUCACUGUGAAUUCGCAUACUGGGUUUGCAUAGUAGUAUUCAUAUUUAUUCACGCUGUGCCGGUGUGAGGAAGACGUCUGGUAAGAGCUGCAUGGGUGCAUGUCUUUAUGGGGGAAUGCUGUUGCGGAUGGGGAACCAUCCGUACCAGUAGUACAGAGCUGCGCAUGGUGGUCAUGAACAAUGAACACCUUAUGGCUGUGAUGACUCAUUAUGCUGGAGUAAGUAUCACACAAGGUAUUAGCUGUGCCUGCACGAAGGUUAGGGGUAGAGCUGGCGGCAGCAGCAUGCGUAGGAGUAUGUAUCAAGGUUCUCAGGCUGUAGGUUCAGGGCCGUGCGUCAGGUGGGCGGCUUAAUGGCAGGAAGGCUGUACAUUCGCUCACUUUGCAGGGUGGUUACUUUAUCUUCUUGUGCUCGGUUGUGCUUCAAUAUGUGUGCCGGACAGGUCCUAGUGGCUCUAGAUCUUUACCGCACUGACGCUGCAGGGAGGCGGCAUUCGGGCUGAUGAAUCUAAGCGCAAGAGCCGUCGACCGUGCACCCGGCACCGUGCCGGUUACAGGCAACAAGUUGCAGGCCGUGCAAUGGCAGGGCUGCUGGCCAUGCGGAUAACAUACGCAGCACCAUGGGGCAGGGCGGCGCAGCGUUAUGGCUGUAGCAUGUUGUAACAGUACGGACAAACGUUGCCGAUUGACCCAUCCUAAGCAUCUGUCCUCGGCGUUACGAGCGCACGAGGUAUAAACGGCCAACUGGAUCCCCAAAACCC